AUGGGAAUGCGGGAAAAUGAUCAAGCUACUCAAGCUACAAAGACCGGCCGCACCGGCUCUCCAACUUUGCGAUCCCACCAUCUCAGGGCAAAUAAGUCUUGGGGCUUGAAUAGAUCCAAAGAAGAGGUGGCACAUCUGCUCGGUGAUAUUCAUACCUAUCGAACAUCCGAUCUUUCCAUCCUCAAUAUUAUGCACAACAACAAUCCUUACCAUAUCAACGAACGAAUUCAUCAAUAUCAUAUCGACAAAGUAUCACCAUAUCCAUCUUAUGCUUCGACGUGGUACAAAACUUAUGCAUCCUGCAGCCUGACGAUGCUGGUCAUGCAACUGCAACGUUCUUCUGCAAAAGUCAUCAACAUAUCGAGCACAACAGUUGAGGAAUGGUUAAGAGCAGAUCGAGCAGAUGAGCCACCGCAUCGAUGCAGGAAGAUUGUUGAAGAAUGGGAAACGGAAGAUGGCGCAUUUGUUACUUGCCGUGCUGAUGAUGGAUCACAACAGACACAUAAAUUAGUAGCCAUGUCUUCACUAUCUCGUCGUGCUUGCUACAAGUGCGGAAACGUUGGUCACUAUGCUGAAGUUUGCGCUUCUGCUGAAAGACUUUGCUACAAUUUAGGACAUGAAUCUAAUGGUUGCCCAUUGCCAAGAACUACCGAAGCUAAGCAGUGUUACCACUGCCAAGGUUUAGGACAUGUUCAAGCCGACUGUCCAACUUUACGUAUUAGUGGAGCUGGAACUACCGGUCGAUGCUACAACUGUGGUAUGCCUGGACAUUUGGCUAGAGCUUGCCCAAACCCAAACAAUGGAAUGCCAGGUGCUCCUCGUGGGCUUGGUGCUCCUCGAGGUGGAUUUGGUGGUGGAUUUGCCCCUCGUGGUGGAUUUGCUGGCGGACCUCGCCCAGCUACUUGUUACAAGUGUGGUGGCCCAAAUCACUUUGCCCGUGAUUGCCAGGCUUCAGCUGUGAAGUGCUAUGCAUGCGGAAAGAUUGGACACACUUCCCGUGACUGCAGUAGCCCUAAUGGUGGUGUUAACAAGGCUGGAAAGAUUUGUUACACAUGUGGAACCGAGGGACACGUUGCUCGUGAUUGCCCAUCAAAAGGUCUCAAUGUUGAUGGAGAAGGUGCUGCCGGCAUAGUUAAUCCUAUGGAAGGUGCUCCAAUUGCUCCUGUUGCAGCUCCUGUUGCAUAG